AUGGGCGCCGAAUUCACCUCCACACCAGAGGGCGUAUCCUCCCUUCUGGAUACUGAUCUUUACAAGCUGACGAUGCAAUGCGCGAUCCUCAAAUACUUCCCUGAUGUUUAUGUGACUUAUGGCUUUACGAAUCGCACUCCGCAGAUGAAGCUGCGACGCGGGGCAGUCAAAUGGCUCUCGCAGCAGCUGGAGAAGCUCGGGAAUCUCCGUGUCACCGCCGAAGAACGCGCCUUUCUUAAGAGAAAGUGCCCAUACCUCAACGAUGCCUACCUCUCCUUCCUCGAAACUUUCCAGCUCAAGCCAGCCGAACAAGUCGAGAUAAAGUUCACACCAAUAGAAGAUACCGGAAGUGAUGAGGACGAGGGAUCUAUCGAAUACAUUAUUAAGGGACUUUGGCUCGAUACUAUUCUCUACGAGAUUCCUCUUCUGUCUUUGACCAGCCAAGCAUACUUUAUGUUCAGCGACAAAGAAUGGGACCACGAAGGCCAGGAAGAGAAGGCAUACCAGAAGGGGCGUACUCUUCUCGAAAAUGGCUGCGUCUUCUCAGAAUUUGGAACUCGGCGGCGGCGAGACUACCAUACCCAGGAUAUUGUCAUGACAGGGCUUACUCGUGCUGCCGAGGAAGCGAAGAAGAACGGAUGGAAAGGAGUGUUAACAGGCACUAGCAAUGUGCAUUUUGCUAUGAAAUACGACGUUAAUGCAGUGGGAACUGUGGCACACGAGUGGUACAUGACCAUUGCGGCUAUCACGGAUGACUAUUUGAACGCGAACGAGUUGGCGCUGCAGUACUGGCUUGGGUGCUUUGGAGAAGGAGUUCUUGGUAUCGCUCUUACUGAUACCUUCGGGACACCUGCUUUCCUGGAUGCAUUCCGCAAACCACUUAAAUUCCUCGAUGAAAGCUCGAGCGGUAGCCAAUCUAACAAGACUUACGCACAGACAUAUACCGGCGUGCGUCAAGACUCAGGCGACCCAGCGCAAUUUGUCAAGACGGUCCGCGAGUUCUACGACCGCAAUGGUAUCACCGAUAAGAAAACAGUGGUAUUCUCUGACUCACUUGACAUUGAAUCAUGUCUGGAGUACAAGAACCUUGCCGAGAAAUCUGGCUUUAUCCCCUCCUUCGGCGUGGGUACCUUUUUCACAAAUGACUACCUUAACAAAACAACUGGCGAAAAGUCCAAGCCUCUUAACAUCGUCAUCAAAAUUGCGUCUGCAAAUGGCCGACCAGCCGUUAAGCUCAGCGAUAACAUGGGCAAGAACACAGGUGACAGCUCAAAGGUAGCAGAGGUGAAGAAGACGCUUGGCUACAUCGAGCAAUCCGGUGUUCAAAUCGACGAAAGCAAUCGUUGGACAGAAGGCAAAUAG